CGAGCGCUCUACUGUACAAUUCUCUCAAGGUCACCUUUACCACACAUCCAUCACACUACCGAGGCGAUGGCCAGCGACCCAGAGAGAGAGCACGCGCUGGAGGAGUACAAGACCAAGUUGCUGGAGUCGCGAGAAUGGGAGGCAAAGUUGAAGGCGCUGCGAUUAGAGAUUAAGGGUCUGCAGCACGACUUCGACGUAUCAGAAGACAACAUCAAGGCGCUGCAGAGUGUCGGGCAGAUCAUCGGAGAGGUGUUGAAACAGCUGGACGAGGAGAGAUUCAUCGUAAAGGCAUCAUCAGGUCCACGAUAUGUUGUCGGCUGCCGGUCAAAGGUCGACAAGGUCAAGCUAAAGCAAGGCACGCGAGUCGCCCUCGAUAUGACCACACUCACAAUUAUGCGCAUGCUGCCGCGCGAGGUAGAUCCGCUCGUAUACAACAUGUCGCUGGAAGAUCCAGGACAGGUAUCUUUCGCAGGUAUUGGAGGACUAAAUGACCAGAUUCGAGAACUGCGAGAAGUCAUUGAGCUCCCGCUCAAGAACCCAGAGCUCUUCAUGCGGGUUGGCAUCAAGCCGCCCAAGGGAGUACUGCUAUAUGGUCCCCCAGGUACUGGCAAGACGCUGCUUGCGAGAGCAGUCGCCAGUUCGCUGGAGACCAACUUCUUGAAGGUCGUUUCGUCCGCCAUCGUCGACAAGUACAUCGGAGAGUCCGCGCGUCUCAUUCGGGAGAUGUUCGGAUACGCGAAAGAACACGAGCCUUGCAUCAUCUUCAUGGACGAAAUCGAUGCCAUUGGUGGUCGUCGAUUCUCGGAAGGCACCUCGGCCGACCGUGAGAUCCAGCGAACGUUGAUGGAGCUCCUCAAUCAACUCGACGGUUUCGACUACCUCGGCAAAACCAAGAUCAUCAUGGCCACCAACCGACCCGACACCCUCGACCCAGCGCUUCUCCGAGCUGGACGAUUAGACCGAAAGAUCGAGAUUCCUCUACCAAACGAGGCGGGACGGUUGGAAGUGCUCAAGAUUCAUGCAUCGAGCGUACAAAAGGAGGGCGAGAUUGACUUUGAGAGCGUGGUGAAGAUGAGUGAUGGUCUCAACGGAGCAGAUCUGCGGAAUGUGGUUACAGAAGCUGGAUUGUUCGCAAUCAAGGACUAUCGAGAGUCAGUCAACCAAGAUGACUUCAACAAGGCUGUGAGAAAGGUGGCAGAGAGCAAGAAGCUCGAAGGAAAGCUUGAGUACCAGAAGCUUUAGGGUGAUGUAUAAUAUGCUACUGCAUUCAUGAUGAGCAUGGCGUUACGCGGGCAUGGCAUAGCUGACGAAGGCAAAGUGCUGCGCGCUCAGCUGCUGUACAACAAUACUUUAGACGGCGUGGAUAUAUUGAACUUCUCUUCGCC